GUGCUGGGAGGAGCAGGACAGUCUGGCCAGACUGUGGAACUGCAUUGAUUUUAUGUUCAGAGUAAGGUACAGUCUGCAAGCAGAGAAUCCAUCCCAGCUGGCUGUUUAUAUCGUAGCAGCCAAGGAAAGUGCUCACUCUGGACACUAAGUCUAUGCAAGCAAAGAUGGGAAAGGGGAUACCAAGAUUCACAGGAGACCUUGGAUUCUAAGCCACGCUCUCUUUUAGAGAGAGAUCAGUUUAAAUAUAUCAACAGCAUGAGGAAAGAAGAUGAAAAACUCCUGGACAAGUAACUGUGAGUCGGACCCUCUGAUCACAGGUACGAUAAAUAUAAGAAAAUGUAAUAAAACAGGUUUAAAAAAAAAAAAUAUUCAAAUACUAAGUCAUAUGACAGAAUAUUGAGUAAAGUGACCAGAAAGUUUUAAGUAUUAUCCUAUUUCUUACUGGCUUGUUUAUAUUUUAAUUCAGCCCUAUGUCAGGCUGGUUUACAAUUAAUUAGAAAGUUCUACGAACAGCAAAAUAUUGUACAGCACUGUACCAUGACCAGGCUUUACAGGCAAGUAGUUAUUUUAUAUUAAACAUCUAGAUAUACUGAAUAAAAAUGUCUAUCUAUCUAUCUAUCUAUCUAUCUAUCUAUUUAUCUAUCUAUCUAUCUUUAAUAAUGAAAACUAACAGUGACUGUAAAUAUCUAAAAAAAAAAAAAGUACUGAUUAUCAAUGUAUCUGUCAUUUUAUUAAUGCCGUUGAGGUCUGAUGGCAAGGUGUAUUUAGAUUAUAUAACUUAUUAGUAUCUAUUCUAAAUGCCAAAGAAUGUUCUUAACAGCCUGAAAGGCAUUGCAUGUAUAUUUGGAUAGCAGUAGGUUAAUUAUACACAUGUUUAACAAUUGUAGGACUGCAUCACCAGAGCAGAUGUUACAUAUGUGAUGAAGUAGAGGUAGAAUUAGGGGCCAGCACCUGCUCGUAGGACACCCUGGAGACGUUCAUCAUCGUGUACCCCAAUAAAUGUCAAGUUACCUUGUUUAACUAUUGUAUGACACACUGAAUGUACUUCUCAAAGAGGAAACUUGGAGGAUGAUACAGGUCAUUGUUUGCACUGUAACCAAUUCUAUGUCUAACAUGCGUUUGUAUCUACUGAUUUGACCCACAAUGUUGACCAGCAGAAGAUCCUAAGACAAAGGUGUUGAUGUUUAUAAAAGGCGAGUGGAAUUGCAGUUCAUUAGUGAUUGAGGUUCCAAUUUGGAUCCCGCAAAGCAAAUGACUAAUGACCAAACUAAAACUCCCGGAAUAUGAAUAAACGAGUCCGGUAAAUUGCUAUUAGCUGGGGAAUAAGUGCUCUGUGAGAGCAGUGCUGGCUCGGAGACUGGGAACGUUGUCACCGUCAAGGGACAAGGCUCCUCCACACUGAUCUAAUUAUACAGUUUACGUACGAUUAACUUGGUAGUGUUUCGUUUUCUUGAAUACUUUUACGUUUACACUGGACCUGAGCCUGGUUAGUCAAUAAAACUCCAUGCUUUUAAAACAGGAAUGAAAAGAUUCUUAUAUAUAUUCUCUGGGAGAUUAUUUACUAAGCAGCAGAUUGUAGAGAACCCACAACCAAACUGCAGACCACAACCAAAUAGCGGAAAUAAGGAGUUUGUCCAACUGAGCUAAGUUUACCUGACUUUUGCAAUUUGGAUGCCAAUUAAUAGCAAUUAUUUGUUUAGUUAAUGUAGUCCUUGGGGUGUUACCAAACCUCAAAUAUUGUGUUUGGAUUAGCUGUGUCUCAGUAAAACAAUCUACUAAAAAAAAGUUAUGAAAUGGAUUGCAAAUGUGUUACAAACCUUUCUAAUAAUGCACAGUUUAUGUCAAAAAAGUUGAAUAAAAUAAUAAAAAAUAAAAAUCCAAGCCAUUACUAUAACAAUUACACCCAGGUAGAGGCAGAAAUUAAUACUUGGUACUCAGAUGUUUUUGUCUCUUGGGGAUAAAAAUGUCAUCACUUCCUUUGUGUAUGAGACAGGUAAGUCAGUGGAUUCAACUUGCUUUAUUUACAGGCGUAUUUACUAAAGUGAGCAUUCGAAGUGUGUUUCAAAUUUCAGACCAAAGUAGUGGAACUGGAAGUAUACCUGAGAAUUUUUCUAAUAAGGCUAUUUUGGCCUUAAAUUUUAAAUUCAAAGUGAAUUCUCAUUUUAGUAAUUAACCCUGUUAGUGUUUUAUAAUAAAAUGUAAAUACAAAAUAAUCUAUUUUUUAUUAUUCUGUAAAAUAGUAAAAUAUACCUGUCAGUUGGUUUUAAUUUAGAGAAUACUGCAUUUCAUCUAUAUGUUUUGCUAGCAGACAUGUUAUCAAAUGUAUAGAUUUUAAUUUAAUGCCCUUCAGAGUUUGGCCUCUUCCCAUAUGUCAAUCAACCCCGGGCACUAACUCUGUUUGCUGACAGCAAAGAUGGUCUAAGCAAAUGGCUGAUUGACAGACACAACAAGAUAACCAUCCCAAAGCCAGUAUUUGUCAUGCUUGCAAGGGGAGUAUGGGACGCUAUGACGUUGAUGUACUGGCAGUGAAGCCAGAAUGUUGGUGUCAUCAGAGAAAAUUGACCUACUUGGGGAAGUGUCCCCAAGCAGUGCCAAUUGCUUCAGAGAGAAGGUGGCAGUAGAGAGUGGGUAUUGCUGCAUUGCGGCUUUGAGCGAGGGACAUCAGGUGAGUACCAAUAUAACAGCUCACAAAGCAUAGAAAUAUACAGUGAAUAACCCUAAUGAUUUAGUACUAUGACAAAUUAUAUAGUUAUUGGAAGAUGUUAUAUGUUAACGUGAACCUGUUGUGACAGGUUUCCUUGAAAUAAAUAAAUAUAGGAAUUAAAUUAAUUUGAGUUGUAGAGAUGAACAUCUAGUGUAAUUCUACAUAGUAUUCGAAUAUGUUUUGGUUUAGACAUCAAACCGAGUGACCACAUUUUUUCCAUGAGUUAAAUCCCAUCGAUAAGGAGUUCAGAGGUUGUUAAUGUUAUCCUGUGUGUGUUAAAGAUUUAAGAGUCCUCUUGUUUUAUUUUUGUUAGAAACUUAAAUUGUUAAAAAACAGAUGUUUAGCUAAUCACUUUUGUGAAAUGUUCUGUAUUUACAGAUUACGUUCUUUCAUAAGCCAGUCAAGAUGUUUUAAGUCCUCUGACCUCUUAACAAUGAACAACAGUUCGGAAACAAUAGUGUUUGGUAGUCAUGAAGCGCCAUCCAACACAACCUACCUCAUGGAACAGAAAAUAUCAGUAUUUUUUUCAAUUGUGUUUAUGACAGUCGGCAUAAUCUCAAAUGGCGUGGCUUUUAUCAUUCUUAUGAAAGCCUACCAAAGAUUUCGGAAGAAGUCAAAAGCUUCAUUUCUGCUGUUUGCCAGUGGUUUGGUGGUCACCGACCUAUUUGGUCAUCUCAUUAAUGGAACCAUUGCUGUCUUUGUCUACGCAUUCAACAGAGACUGGAUGAGAUUUGAUCGCUCAAAUAUUCUUUGCAGCAUAUUUGGCAUGUGCAUGGUGUUCUUUGGACUGUGCCCGCUUCUUUUGGGUUGUGUGAUGGCAGUAGAGCGGUGCAUAGGGGUAACAAAACCAAUCUUUCACUCUACAAAAAUGACUUCAAAACAUGCAAAAAUCAUCUUGAGUUUGGUAUGGCUCUUUGCCAUUUUCGUUGCAUUAUUACCUAUAUUAACGUUGAGAGACUAUCACAUACAAGGAUCAAGAACCUGGUGCUUCUUAAAGACCGAACAGGUUGAGAACUGGAUGGAUCAAUUUAAUCUACUCUUUUUCUCUUCACUUGGGCUUCUGUCCCUUGCCAUCUCAUUUUUGUGCAAUGCAAUGACCGGGCUAACGCUACUCAGAUCCAAAAUGAAAAACCAGCAGUAUCGACAGGGACGAUCUCAUCAUAUAGAAAUGAUUGUCCAGCUCUUGGCUAUUAUGUGUGUCUGUUGUAUCUGCUGGGCUCCAUUUCUGGUAAGCAUUAAAACCUCACAAGGAAAUUGUGAUAUCACAACCCCAUUCAUAGUCCCUCAUCUAACCCUAUAACUUCUAACCCUACCUCUAAAUCCCACCUCAAAGCUUAAAUACUGUACUACUUUCCAUGUCACUUUCAAACUCUAAAAAAAUCUAACUUUAUCCCUAAAUCUCUUUAAACACUAAAACACCCUCUUCUAUAGAACUGUGCUCCUUCUACAUUUAAGAUGUUCUCUAGGUCUCGCAAUAGCAGUAAAUAGAGAGAGGUAUGUGUGCAAUACAGAAAUACACGUAUGUUCCGCAGCACCUGCUGGACUAUCAGGGAAGCACUAGGAGAGGUCCUCUAUCGUAGUCUUGGUAGUGGCAUGCCAUCUGUGAAUAGGAGCAAUAAUAAUUUAAAAAUAUUAUAUAAAACUUAAGCAGUGUAAAGAAAUAUUAUACAGAAACAAGGUUCCUAUUUGUUCGUAACCCUAUUUGGUUCCUAUUUGUUUGUAACAGCUACAUUUUAUAAACUGGAUUUAAAAAUACUUUUAUCUCAAAUGUAAACUUUUUUUUAUUUUUAUCAAUGUCUGCACAGUGAGAACAGUGAGAGUAGGGCAUGCUUAAGCACUUACAAACCAAUAAUGUCAUUAAAGUAACUUUUUCUUUGAAGAUUCUAUUCUACGAUGGAUUGAUCUAGCCAUUAAACAAAUGCAUGCCUUCAUGCAGCUCCAAAAACAAUAUGCACAGGACAUUCUAUGCUGACAUAAGGUCUUUAGAAACCAGAUUACAAUAACAGCAAAUUGUAAGAUGUGGUCCUUAAGGGGUUAAAGUAAAAAAGACAAACUGAGAUAGCUGUCCCUUUUGUUUUAUUGUUACUGUUAACCCCUUAAGGACCAAACUUCUGGAAUAAAAGGGAAUCAUGACAUGUCACGCAUGUCAUGUGUCCUUAAGGGGUUAAAACUGACCAUCGUCUACUAAACUUUUCCCCCAAGUAUGUAAAAAAUGUAGAACUUGUUUGUACAGGGUUAUUCACAAAAGUAAGAAUUGAGAGUUAAUGCAAAGUGAAUUUCGAAAUUAAGACCAAAGUAGCUGAACUGAGAGCAUAGCUGACUUGGAGAGAUUUUGCAGAUCGGCUAUUUUGACCUUAAAUUAGAAAUUCACAUAAAAUUCACUCUAGUGAUUACCCCUGUAGAUGGUCCUAAAUAUUUGUCUUAAAUUCCAUUAAUUGCUCUGAAACUGCUUCUAGUAAUACCAAGACAAUGGCUUAUUUAACUUUCAUUAAACUAUAAAUCAUAUGUGUGUGUGUAGUUCAAUAUAGUGCAUUCAAUUGGGAAUGGUACAAGAAAGCCUUUAUACACCGGAGCACUGAACUUUUCACGUCCUCAUUGCCAAUUAGCUGCUAACUACAUAACGCCCCUGCUCAUUCCUAUUCUGUUUCUCAACUCCAUGUUUACAGCACAUUAAAGGAAUUGAGACAGAUGUUAGUAUGUAAAGAAAUAAACUGUACAGAUAUUUGGAACAGAUCAUUAUGUAAGACCACUUACCAUAAACCAUUUUAACCUUACAAAAACAACGUGGGAGGACAAUUUAUAAACCAAUAGCACACUGAAGUCCCUGAUUACUAUUUUCCAGCAAAUUCAUUUAAAACAAAAUUUCUCACGUAAAGUUCCCCGAACAUUUACAUAUACAAUGUAUAUAACUGUGAAACAAAUAUACUACGUAGAAAGCAUUCUAAAAAAAUAAAAAAUAAAAAACAGCGUUGAUAUUAAAAAAAUUGACCACAGGCAUCUUUGACAAUUGCUGAGAUCAGACAUUGGAUUGAACGUUAUGUAGAGUUCUAGUUCAAUAUUAAUCUCAUAUGAAGUUGAAUAUGUGAGUAAUUGUUGCAGCUCAAGAACAUAUUUUUUAUUCAAAUUUUAAGACAUGGUUCACAGGUAAUUAUUUUUCAUUAGAAUGUAAAAAGAAUGUAAAAACGUAACGAGAGAAGAAAACGUAGCAUAGAAUCUAAAUAUAAUCCCUGAAACAUAAGCUGACUUAAAUGAACACACGUUUCUUCUGGAAUCAUAAAAGGGUGAAUAAAAAAAAACUAAUUUAAAGCAAAUUUAUAGAAAAAGUGCAACAUAAGUUUAUAGCUACUGCAGCUUGAGUAGCUACCUUUUAUAAACUGGAUUUAUAAAUGCUUUUAUCUCAAAUGUAAUUUUUUUUCUAUUGUCUGUACAGUGAGGAUAGUGUUUGCCAUGCUUAAGCAUUUAAGAACCAAUGAUGGUCUAUGACAUCAUCAUUACACAUUUUUCUUUAAAGAACUUAUUCUAUAAUGGAUUAACCUAACCAUAUACCAAAUGCAUGACUUCAUUCAGCUCCCAAAACAGAAUUUACAGGACAUUCUAUAUAUAAAUGUGUCUACAUAAUUUGGCACUAAAGACUACAACAUGAUGCUUUCCCGGGGCUUUAGGCAGCAUAAACAUGCUUCAGAGCACAGUCCAUAUAUAUUAGUAUAAUAAAUAAUAAUAAAUUAGGAUGAAAUUCUUCACAUCAAGGUAAUGAAGCUUCUAUAUACAUAGGUAUGUUAAUACUAACUGCAUAACUGAGGGGUUACCCACAUUUGUUUUGUUUUGCAAUGUACCCUCUUUCAUAUCAGCGCGCGAGGCUAAAUAUGUUUCAUUUGCCCCAGGCUAAUGAGUAGUCUACUUUGUGAUUUAUCCAUUUUUAGUGCUUUUUCUGCCAUGUCCAUGUCUAAUUGUAGGAAAGCUAGAGAGGUUGUUUAUUAAAUCUUGAUCUUGAUUCUUAUUUUAGAAUCGUUUUGGAAUGUUCACAGUUAUAUCCUGGUCUGCCGAAAAAAGGUUUCUAACUCUACCUUAAAUGGAACACAUUUCCUUUUAGAAUGCCACGUUUCCUGCAAUUAUUUCUGACAUUACUGUGCAUUUGAUGUAAUUCUAUUUUAAAAUGUAAACUCUCCAAAAAGCGCAAAUAUUGAAAGACACUAUGAGGUUCCCCCCAAAAUCUUUCUUUACCGAUGUUUCCCAAAUCUUCUCUCUAGUUAGUUCAGGUUUUCCCCUUUGUUUGUGACAUCUUUUAUUAAUUCUGUACAUUGAUGUACAUUUAAAUUAUUUCCCAUUUAUUUUACAAUCAUAAUUUCUACCCAAGUCUUUCCAUAUAAUUUGGGGUUGUAAAGAUUUAACAUGAUGUUUUCAUUAUAUUGUGUGCAAAUCUUUCUUUUGAUGCAAGAUCAAAGUCAGAACAAACUCAGGACAAGGCGUAUGUUCUCCCUCUAUACAGAUGUCUACUAGUAUAAUAAUUCCAUGUUUUUUUCACUAUGCUAAAUUAUUAUAUUUUACAUCCUUUUCGAUUGCUAAGAUUAUGUUUUAUGUUCUUUUCAAAGGCUAUCAUAGUAAUUAACUUGGAUGUGACUUUUUAUAAACCACAUUUAUUUUUUUUAAAGUGGGCUCUUUAUAUACUUAGUGCGUUUUUACUUUUUACUUGUUCCUUUUAGAUUCUCAUUUGCUUUGUUGUUGCAUUGUAAUAUUUUAUACCUCCUUGCCUGGAUCCAGCACAUAAGUGCUUAUUUGGACUAUUUAAUUCUCAAAAAAGCAUAACGCGAUCAUAUCACUAAACAUACUUGUGGUUGCACAAGGCCACCACGGGGGAUUUUUAUCCAUGUGAGGGCACUCCUACAGCUCGUGGUUGGCAAAGCUGAAUGGCAGUCAGAUGCGCAUGUGCGCUAGUUUGCAUGCAUAAAUUUGAAGUGGCACUAACAUUCACCCUCUAUGUUUACAAACCCUCCAGAUCUUGGGCCAUACCACCUCCAAUUUUUUUUCUGUUGGCUUAAGGGCUGUCAUUAAAAAUUGCAGAGCUUCCUACAAAACCAGUUUGAAGAGCGUCUAGCAAUUAACCCCAGACAUGCACGCAUUCUAAUGCACAGAAUUCGGAACAAAAACCACACAGGCAAUUCUUUAACCCAAGUGUGAGUAAAGUUAAAGGCUAGUGUAAUCAUUUUAUAACAAAUUUGAAUUGAAGUUAUUGUAAGUUACUGUAACCCUUACCCUAAAAUAAUACGAAUCUUAACACUGGUUUCAUUGUUGCACUGACCCUAACAUAAUAAUAAUAACAAAUACGAAGGUCAUGCCAAUUUAGAGCAAUGAAAUUAUGUCUGUCAAUAGAAAAAAACAAAACAUGUGCGUUAGACCUGAAAACGCUGGCACCAAAAUGGAAUCGCUGAAAUGGUAUUCCUGAUCAGCAGUAUCAAUAUGUAAUCUAUUUUGGCAAUACCGUCAUUAGCCCUGGAUGGCUGCAUGUUCCUAUUCCAAAGCAUUACCCCUGCAGAAUGUAAAGUUUAAACGCCCUUUAGCUGCAGUGGAUAUUGUUCAGGAGUAUACUAACAAUAGCAAAUUAGUUUAACCUAGUAUACAGUAGAAUGGGUAGUAUUAUUUACCUGAAUUUUCCAAUCUAUAUAAAUAUUGCAUUCGGCAUUGUACAGGGUAUUACUAGGACAAGCUAAUAAUGCCACUGAUCUUAAUAACUAUUUGACAUUUUCUUGCUGUUUAACUCUUUUUACCAAUUUAUCGUUAUAAUGCAAACCAUUUACUGUAAUGCAUUUCAAACAAGUAAAAUGCCAAGUUAAUGUGCAAAAAUGAAUUAUUCACUUCAUGCAAUUAAGAGAAUUUAAUAACACAAACAUAAGGUUAAAAUGACAGGAACACUGCACCCUGACCACUUCAGUGAGAUAAGGUGGUCUGGGUGCCCAUUGUGCCCCUUUAAUCAAUUUAAAUGUGGUUGCAUCAGAUCUGUUCUUUCUUUUAAUCACAUUUUUAGGGGGAACUUAGAAUGUCAGACAUGCUUGUAAAGUGGGUUCAGAUGUCUGCAUUGGAAAACAGACAAAUAAGAUCUGUCUAAGGAUUCUGGCUGCAGCUCUCUAUACCACAGAUAUACAGGGUUAGUAAAAAGCCGAGCUAUAUCCCAGAUAUACAGGGUGAGUAAAGGGCCUAGCUAUAUCUCAGAUAUACAGGGUUAGUAAAGAGCGAUAUCCCAGAUAUACAGGGUCAGUAAAGAGCCAAGCUAUAUUCCAGAUAUACAGGAUUAGUAAAGAGUUUAGCUAUAUCUCAGAUAUACAGGGUCAGUAAAGAGCCGAGCUAUAUUCCAGAUAUACAGGGUUAGUAAAGAGUUUAGCUAUAUCUCAGAUAUACAGGGUUAGUAAAGAGCUAUAUCCCAGAUAUACAGGGUCAGUAAAGAGCCAAGCUAUAUCCCAGAUAUACAGGGUUAGUAAAGAGCUAUAUCCCAGAUAUACAGGGAUAGUAAAUAGCUAUAUCCCAAAAAUACAGGGUUGGUAAAGAGCUAUAUCCCAGAUAUUCAGGGUCAGUAAAGAGCCAAGCUAUAUCCAGAUAUACAGGGUUAGUAAAGAGCCAAGCUAUAUCCCAGAUAUACAGGGUUGAUAAAGAGCUAUAUCUCAGAUAUUCAGGGUCAGUAAAGAGCCGAGCUAUAUCCAGAUAUACAGGGUUUAGUAAAGAGUUUAGCUAUAUCUCAGAUAUACAGGGUUAGUAAAGAGCUGUAUCCCAGAUAUACAGGGUCAGUAAAGAGCCAAGCUAUAUCCCAGAUAUACAGGGUUAGUAAAGAGCUAUAUCCCAGAUAUACAGGGUUAGUAAAGAGUUUAGCUAUAUCUCAGAUAUACAGGGUUAGUAAAGAGCUAUAUCCCAGAUAUACAGGGUUAGUAAAGAGCUAUAUCCCAGAUAUACAGGGAUAGUAAAUAGCUAUAUCCCAAAAAUACAGGGUUGGUAAAGAGCUAUAUCCCAGAUAUUCAGGGUCAGUAAAGAGCCGAGCUAUAUCCAGAUAUACAGGGUUAGUAAAGAGCCAAGCUAUAUCCCAGAUAUACAGGGUUGGUAAAGAGCUAUAUCCCAGAUAUUCAGGGUCAGUAAAGAGCCGAGCUAUAUCCAGAUAUACAGGGUUUAGUGAAGAGUUUAGCUAUAUCUCAGAUAUACAGGGUUAGUAAAGAGCUAUAUCCCAGAUAUACAGGGUUAGUAAAGAGCUAUAUCCCAGAUAUACAGGGUCAGUAAAGAGCCAAGCUAUAUCCCAGAUAUACAGGGUUAGUAAAGAGCUAUAUCCCAGAUAUACAGGGAUAGUAAAUAGCUAUAUCCCAAAAAUACAGGGUUGGUAAAGAGCUAUAUCCUAGAUAUACAGGGUUAGUAAAUAGCUAUAUCCCAGAUAUACAGGGUUGGUAAAGAGCUAUAUCCCAGAUAUACAGGGUUAGUAAAGAGCCAAGCUAUAUCCCAGAUAUACAGGGUUAGUAAAGAGCUAUAUCCCAGAUAUACAGGGAUAGUAAAUAGCUAUAUCCCAAAAAUACAGGGUUAGUAAAGAGCUAAAUCCCAGAUAUACAGGGUUAGUAAAGAGCUAUAUCCCAGAUAUACAGGGAUAGUAAAUAGCUAUAUCCCAAAAAUACAGGGUUGGUAAAGAGCUAUAUCCCAGAUAUAAAUGGUUAGGAAAGAGCUAAAUCCCAGAUAUACAGGGUUAGUAAAGAGCUAUAUCCCAGAUAUACAGGGUUAGUAAAGAGCUGAUCUAAAUCCCAGAUAUAUACAUAUAAGCCAAACGUUCUCUUCAGACAUAGGUGUUUUUGAUGGAAGUUAGCGCAUAGUUAGUAAUUUUCCCUUUAAUUUAGUGUUAAUGUAAUUUAAUAACGCACCUGUCACAAAUCCUUACUGUUACUUUAAGUGGACUUCCCAGGGUCCUUAAGACAGGAUGCACAAAUUAGUGCCAGGAAGCACUCAAUCAAUAUGACAGUGAAACUAAAUAAACUCCACUUAGCUUGCACUGAGAAAUAAAACCCUUUUCUGCGGCAUUCUGUACACAUCUCGGAAGAGAAAACAUGGCUAUUCACACCUUUGUGUUUUGGUUCAAUCUUUAUCCAAAAUCCCUGUAAUUUAAGCUAUGGUUACCACUAAAACAAAGAAGUCUUAUGGGAAAUGUAGGAUUGCCAGUGAUGCUUGAAAACGGAAAGUUACUGAGAAUAGAAAAAAUGUUAUCUACAAAUUGAGUCCGAGAUCAUAAAACAUGUUGCACUAGUUUACAUAGCAGAGAUAACCAGAGGAUAAUGAGAGACAUAUUGAUGAGUUUGAAUGUAUUUCUAAGGUUUUUUUUUAAUCAAAAGCAUGAAGGUUUUUUUUCACUAAACUGAGAUUCAUGAAAGUGAGAAGAAAAUUGCAGAUUUUAGGUAAAAAAUUGCUCAGCUGGUAAUGCAGCUGAAUUAGAGAAUUAUUUUACUCUCCUGUAGCACCCACCUCCAGUCCACCUACACUCCACCUAGAGUCUUCUGUGAUGCCAGCACGCUGCCGCUAACAGAAUCUAAAAGGACAUCCCAUAGCAACCACACCUCAUGUCCUGUGGGUGCGAUUUUUGGGGAGCAGAAGGACCGCCUGUGGGAGAUCUUUUCUGCUCUCUCUUUUUAGUCGAUUCUUUGAUAAACACUCUAUCCUGAUGCAUUGACUGACAGGCGGGAGACAUAUUUUUAAAUUAAAUAGUUUUCGCAUCUACAUUCUAAUAGACAUGUAUGCUGAAUGUUAGUGUAUUUUGUAUAUAAUAUUUAUAUAGAGCUAACACGUAUACUUAGCACGUUACCGAUUACAUUAUAGCAUUCCAAAUAAUGAUAAGUGUAAUAAUUGUACAAUCAAUUUAAUGCAGGGACAAAGUAGUUUCAUAUAAGCCUCUAACUCAAGCUCUCAUAAAAGGAGUUUUGACUAGAAAAUAAUGUUCUGUAGAAUUCUGUACACGUCUCUGAAUAGGAAACAUCAUUUAGAGUAAACUAUUCACACCUCUUGUUUCGGUUCACUCUUCACUCAGAAACCUUGCUUGUAAUUUAACUCAGCCGUGAUUAACGUAUAAAGAAAACCUAAGAAACAGUUGUAUAGGAACAGAGACAUUGUUACGAAACCCCUAAAAUUGGUUGUGAAUGAGAAAAAAAAGAAGGUUACAAGAUUCUGUUGUAUUGCAGAUUUUGAAGAUUGUUAUAGAUGAUGCUUUGAUUUAUAGAAUUGCCACAAGUAAAGAAUACGGAGAUGAGUGACUCAUUAACGGAGGUUUUAAAUAAUAUAUAAAUAACCCCUAGCUACCGAGGUCCUCUGACUCCAUUGGUUAUUGGAAUUAUUUACAAAUUGGUUCCAAUAGAAUCUGAUGAUAUCAGAUACAAUUGCACUGUUAGGUCACAAGUAGAGGUAUAUCUUUCUUAAAGGGUUAUUCACUAAACACCAGAAGUCCAGAUGGACAGGAUCCUGAGAAAAAUGACCAAAUUCCGACCACAAUGACAAUUCUCUAAUUUACUAAAGCCAAGUACAGUCAAAAUUCAGUCAAAUAUGCAACAAUCACCCGAAUGCAUUCAGUGUUCAGAUGAAAAUCAGUGCUUAACAAAAUAAAGGAUUUGGAAGUUUCACAAAGCACCUGUUUUACACAAACUCAGAACCGAAUCUCUAUCAGGAUGCACAUUCACUUACUAUGAAUUAGUGAAUGAUAAUUUCAAGUCCUCUUUGCUAGUGCUGCUAGGGGGCAAAUAGUUUAAAAACCCAUGGCAACAUUUUACCUUUCUCUUAAUGUUUCCUUUUUUCUCUCUCUUCCUCUUUCAGAAUCUGUUCUUCUUUUAUUCAUUUCUGAUCUCUUUCUCUUUAAAACAUUUUCUUAAAAAAAAGUAGGGACUACUUUGUCUUAUAUAUUUUUCCUACACUUGACAAUCUUCACAAAGGGUAGAGAUUAAGACAAGCUGCACUUCCGUUGUCAAGAUGGUGGGGCUUUGUCAAGAUGACCAAAUGGCCAAGCAUAGAAAAAAUACGUAAGUCAAAGUAGUCCUUACUUUGCUUAAUGUUUUAAAGAAAAAUAGUUCAGAAAUUGAAGAAAAGAAGAACAGAUUCUAAAAUAAAAAAUGGGGAAACUAUAGGAAAAAGGCAGUUGGUUUGAGGUGACAGAGACACUUUACGGUGGCUGGUCAGAGCUUGCUAACCAGCCACCACAUUAAAAGGACUAAAUAAAUAAAAACCCUGUGGGAGUCAAUACGUUUUUAAACCUCCCUAUGUCUACACCUGCCAUGCGGCAAGAGAGGGCAAUUCAUCUGGGAACGUUCAGUGCUGGGGCAGGAGGACAAUUCAUCUGGGAAUGUUCAGUGCUGGGGCAGAAGGACAAACCAUCUGGGAAUGUUCAGUGCUGGAGAAGGAGGACAAUCUAUCUGGGAAUGUUCAGUGCUGGGGAAGGAGGACAAUCUAUCUGGGAAUGUUCAGUGCUGGGGAAGGAGGACAAUCUAUCUGGGAAUGUUCAGUGCUGGGGAAGGAGGACAAUCUAUCUGGGAAUGUUCAGUGCUGGGGAAGGAGGACAAUCUAUCUGGGAAUGUUCAGUGCUGGGGAAGGAGGACAAUCUAUCUGGGAAUGUUCAGUGCUGGAGAAGGAGGACAAUCUAUCUGGGAAUGUUCAGUGCUGGGGAAGGAGGACAAUCUAUCUGGGAAUGUUCAGUGCUAGGGCAGAAGGACAAUAUAACUGGGAAUGUUCAGUGCUGGGGCAGAAGAACAAACCAACUGGGAAUGUUCAGUGCUUGGGCAGGAGGACAAUUUAUCUGGGAAUGUUCAGUGCUGGGGUAGAAGGACAAUCCAUCUGUUAAUGUUCAGUGCUUGGGUAGACGGAUAACCUACCUGGGAAUGUUCAGUGCUGGGGUAGGAUAACAAUCCAUUUGGGAAUGUUCAAUGCAGGCUCAGGAGAUCAAUCCAUAUGGGGAUAUUCAGCGCUGAGUCAGAAGCACAGUCCAUUUAGGAACAUUCAGUGCUUGGGCAGGAGGACAAUCCAUCUAAGAAAAUUCAGUUCUGGGUCAGAAUGACAAUCUAUCUGGGACCAUUUAGUGCUAGGGCAGGAGGACAAUCCAUCUGGGAAUAGCAUGUAUAUUAUGUAAUUCAGCAUGUCUCUUUAUGACUGUAUGUAGUUGCAUGGCUGCCAUCAGAAAUCUUGGGGCCCCUGACAAAGCUCAAGAUCUGGGGCCCGCCCCUGAGUCUGCUCACAGGGCUCUUCCUGAGUCCGCUAACAAGGAUGCAGUACUGAAUGUGGUGAAUGUGGUGUGUGUAUGGUGGAUGUAGAAUUAGAAUGUGUGUAAUGGACGCAGAGUGCAUAUGUAAAGUGGAUGCAGUGUGUAAAGUGGAUGCAGUGUGUUAAGUGGAUGCAGAGUGAGUGGAAAAUGGAUGCAGUGUGUAUAGUGGAUGUAAAUUUUACAUUUGUGUAAUGGAUGUAGUGUUUUUGUGUAUUAGAUACAGUGUGUGUAGUGAAUGCAGUGUGUAUAGUGAAUGCAGAGUGUGUGUGUGUCAUCGAUGUAGUGUGUGUAUAGUGAAUACAGAGUUUGUUUGUGUAGUGGAUGUGUGUGUUUGAGUAGUGGAUGUACUGUUUGUGUGUAUUAGAUGCAGUGGGUGUAGCGUAUGCAGUGUCUGUGUAUAGUGAAUGCAGAGUGUGGAUUUGUGUAGCAAAUGUAGUGUGUGUGUAUUAGAUGCAAUAUGUGUAUAGUGAAUGCAGAGUGUUUGAAUGUGUAGUGGAUGUUGUGUGUGUAUAGUGAAUGCAGACUGUGUGUGUAGUGGAUGCUGUGUAUACAGUGAAUGGAGAGUGUGUGUCAGUGUAGAAGAUAUAGUGUGUGUGUAUAGUGAAUGCAGUGUGUGUGUAGUAGAUGUUGUAUAUGUAUAGUGAAUGCAGAGUGUGUGUUUGUUUUGUGGAAGCAGAGUGUGUGUUAGUGUAGUAAAUGCAGAGUGUGUGUUAGUGUUGUGAAUGCCGAGUGUGUGUUGAUGUAGUGAAUGCAGAGUGUUUGUUGGUGUUGUGAAUGCAGUGUGUGUUAGUGUAGUGUAUGCAGAGUGCAUGUCAGUGCAAUGAAAGCAGAGUGUGUGUUAGUGUAGUGGAUGCAGAGUGUGUGUUAGUGCAGUGUAUGCAGAGUGUGUGUUCGUGCAGUGAAAACAGAGUGUGUGUUAGUUUAGUGUAUGCAGAGUCUGUGUUAGUGUAGUGAAAGUAGAGUGUGUGUUAGUGCAGUGAAUGCAGAGUCUGUGUUAAUGUAGUGAAUGCAGAGUGUGUGUUAGUGCAGUGAAAGCAGAGUGUGUGUUAGUGUAGUUAAAGCAGAGUGUGUGUUAGUGUAGUGUAUGCAUUUAGUGUAAAUGUUGAGCAAACUAGGGGGAAAAAGAGCUUAUUACCUGGUCAGGUGCUGGGGGUAGAUUCCAUUCCAUGGUGGUCCCAUGGCAUGGUAAGUCCUCCAGCUGCCUGUAUACCGCAUUCUGUCUGUUCAAUACAGCUCCUCUCUCUAACUCACGGCUUGCGUGCCGCAUGGAGUGUUGCCAUGGAAUCCCAUGGCAACGCUCUGAUGGCCACGGGUCUCGUGAGGGUUAGAGAGGAGCUGUAAAGUAAGAACAGAGUGUGUUGAGCGAUAAUCGCUAUAUAUAUGUGCACGUAGGGAAUGUGGAGCCCGGGAAUGCCAGAGCAGUCCGUUCCCCCCAGGACCGCCGGGCCCGUGACAACCUGAUGGCCCUGUGUGGUUGGCUGUGUGUAUCUGUGUAUGUGUGCCUGGCAGUAUGUAUAUGUAUGUGUGUUUAUUGUGUGCCUGUAGAAGUGAAGAGUCAUAAACACCCCCCAAAUACCCAACAACAAUGCAGCUAGACAUGAAAAAAGCACAAUACCCACUGACAUACACAGCUAAAUAAUGCGUCACAGAAAUUUACACAGAAAAUAGGGUAACCUGGCACACAAACACACACAUACUAAAAACACUCAGAGGCUGUAUAACAAAUAUACAAAUAUACACACUCACAUAAAGGCACACUUAUUGACACACACUGAUAUUUAUGCAAACUUUCAAAGGACACAUUUAAUAUCAUCACACAUAUAUAUAUAUACACACACAGUAUAUGUAUAUGCACUUUUUGCAAUUAAUUCUGAACUAUGACAUAGAUAAUGAGAAGAUGGAUUUUGACACAUUACAAACAUCAUAAAAUGAAAAAUGAUAUUGAGAGGUUUAUAAUUACAAAGAGAAAGAAAGUCUGGCAAUUUCAAAUAUUCAUUGAAGGUUCAAAUUAGUUUGUAACAGUAACCAGGCUUUUUCCAUCUUACUCCAGAACUUCAAAUAUCCGAAACAUAAUGCUACCAGUAUUUUUCUAUGUCCCAGACUGAAGCUGAUGUGCUGUAAUUUGUUAUUAGAAAUGCAACAUAUGCAUCUGGUUUAACACUCUGCUUGUUUUCCCCUACAGAUAACAAUGGCUAACAUUGGAUUAAAUGGUGAUUCAUUGGAGUCUCGGAAGACCAUCCUAUUUUCUCUCCGAAUGGCCACAUGGAAUCAAAUCUUAGACCCUUGGGUUUAUAUCCUUCUGAGAAAAACUAUUCUUAAAAAACUUUUUCGGAUCACGAGGCGCUGUUGUGGUGUAGAAAUGAUUCGUAUACACACGUGGGAGUUUAGUUCUUUUAAAAACUCUUUAAAAGUGGCCACCAUCUCUGAUUCGUCUGGCUGUACAAGAACAAACACUUUAAACAACUCCAGAAAAGUUAGCACCAAUCAAAAGUCUGAGCUAACUGAAAACAAGCAAUCAUUUAUUUUGAGUGAAAUCUAGUGACGUUAAUGAGGGUUGUAUCAUCCCGUGUACGAUACAAUCAAUUCUUGAAUCGAAGGCAAAGAUCCAUGGAUUACAUUUACUAAAGAGGAGUUGGUUUCGAAAGGUUCAGAUGUGAACACUAAAUACAAGCCAAUGUAUUUUAGCAUAAUCUGUUAAAGCUCGGAUUGUGGGAAUGGAAGUUAUUAUGAGGGACUCUCAAUGAGCCUUUUGAAACGUAACAAAAGUCGCUGCUACCUCUGAGGUCUAUGUAAUUUUGCAGUCUCUUGCACAAUUCUCUGGCACACACAUUAAAGGAACGUGAAACAAACCGUAUUGUAAAAUCAGUGUUUUAGUACAGGUGUUUUUUUUUUCGAAUUAAAUAAGCUUUAGUUGUGUUGUAAUUUCAAUUUUUUUUAACAGCUGAGAGUCUUGAAGUGCAAAUGAAAAUUCUUCAAAAUAUCAGAAAAGCCCAAACAUUGCACCCUUCUUGGGUGGUAUAUUUUAGAUACCACAUCUAAGUUAAGUAUAUUUGAGAAAUAAAACCAUAUGAACCCAGCUAAAAGGACAUUUGUAAAACUAUAUUGUAUGUUAGCAACAUAAAUAAAAGUAUGAUUCUUUUAACCAACAUUUGAAAACAGGUCAUAUCAGAACAAUUCAAACCUGCUACAUCAAGCCAGAAAUAUUAUUAGCCUAACCCAACCUAAAAAAAACCAAACAACUGGAUACAAGCAAUUUUAAACAAGACCGAAUUUAGAGUGUCGAUAGAGUGAAUAAACAAAGAAAUAACUGAAAAACCCACUGGCAUAAAUUAUAAAUGCAUAAAAUAAAUAAGAUCCCAGAAUCCCUUAUUAAAUUGCCAUUUUAUUCCCUCACCCCAUGUGUCCAGCAUUGACUGAACAAUCUCCUUACCAUUCUAUAUGCCCCCAUACUAAGCACUAUGCCAUAGAAGUGCCUAUUUAGUUGACAGUAAUCACCUCGUUCUCCCCUGUACCCUUACAUAUACGUAGACAUGUAGUGGUAUCCCUAAAAAAAUCAAAGUUUUUAUGGAGCCUAGUGGUACCUGGCUCUUUUUGUAGGUGUAAAAGGUUACUCUCCAAUACCAGAUCUCCUUUUCCCCAGCGGCAGUGUCUUUUGCUGCCGAAAAGGGGCACCACUGAUUGACGAGAGUGGCCAGCUGAUGUUCCAAGCCACAUAGCAGCUCUCCAUAACCCUAUAAAAACCUGUGUUAAUAUUUGGCUCUGUUUUGCCCACAUUUACAGGAAACAUUUAAAAUAAAAUCUGACAAAAACCAAUAGUAACCUGUAAACAAAGAAAUGAAAUAAGCAAUGUUAUUGGCCAAUCCUGUUGUCCAUAUCACAUUUCGAUCAUCACAAAUUUUAAAAGGACACUCUGGUCUGAAAGUUACUUAUAUUCCCUUAUAGUGCAUUUGAUAAUUUAUAUACAUAUUCAUAAUAUAAAUGUAAAUAUAAAUUUACUGCAUGAAUGGAAAUGCAACUAGCUUCAACUAAAUGGUUACUGUGCUAUGUAUAGGGAAGAAUAUACCCACUUAUGUUUAUGAACAUGGAGGGUGUGGGGUUAUAUAUGUAUAUAUAUUUGGAUAGCUCCAACCUUAAUUAGGGGUUUGAUUGAUAUAAAGAGUUGGGAUUGGUGACCCAUUGCUUAGGGGACAGGAGCAGGUGGGCAAUUACAAGCCAACACACUCCAUAGCACCAGUUUCUCGUAUUCUGUGAUUGACUGAUGGGAAGAAAAAAAGAAGGGCUAAUUUCUGGUUAAAAAAUGAUCUGGUUGUCCUUGAAAUUGUUUUUAUUAGCCAGGUAAAAAAAUUCCAGAUUUAAGCCAAACCUGACUUAGAAUCUGUAUUGGGCACUGUAAGUGUGAGGCAAUAGGUGACAGAUCGAACCAUACUUGCAAGUCCUAUAAAUAUUACUGACGCUUCUGCAUGUCUCACUGAGUUAUUCCACCCUUUAUUGACCAUUUUAAGGGAUAUGUUCAGUUGUCCUUUGGUGUAGCAAUCCUGUCACAUACAGGGUUAUUCAAUAUAGUGAGUAUUUUACAAAAUUUACAGGAAUUGUACACGUAAGGCCCUAAUAGCUGAAUUGGUAGCAUAGGUGACUUGGAGAACAUUUUGGCUAUUUUGGCCUUUGAAUUUCUGUCAAUUCUUACAUUAGUGAAAACCCAUGGAAAUGUUAGAUUAAUUUACCCCAGGUAUUACAUAAUUGUCAUGAUUUGACAGAGUAGCAGAAUAUUUCAUUAAAAUCCUCACUUCUCUCUCACAGAAAUUCCAAUUCUGCAUCUGCCGUAAGAAUGUAUAUAUUUGGUAGUGGGGAGGGAACUCGUGACAUUCUGUCCAAAACAUUUUGUUGUCUACAAAUUUUUGUUGAAUGUAAUUUUGUUCCGUUGUUGUCCAUUUCUGGUUUUCUCUCUCUCUCUUUUGUAUUGUCUUUCAUCUUUUGUUAAUUUUUUUUUUUUUAAUAUGUGCAAUAUGAGUGUAUAUAUGGGAUGUAGAAAUUUUUUGAAAAGUACUAUUUAUGUUGGGAACAUUUUUAAACUUUAGAAAUAUAAUUUUGUCCAGGUGACGGCAAUCCAAAGAACCAAAUUCAUUAUAAAAAUUGUAAGGAACCCAAAUGGACAUAUUUUGGUUCCAUCUUAGUUUUACAAUACAACAGUAACUUAUUAGUAUUUUAUCUAAAAAAAAUCUGAAUCUGCAAAAAAUUCUGAUUGUCAGUUUUUACAUCCUUAGCGUUUAAUGUAUGUUUUGCUGUCAAACAUCCUGUAACUUAUCAAAACAGAUGUCUAAUGUUAAUUGUUCUGUGUAAUAUCCAGUGUUACUAAUUCAUGUAUUAAAUGUUUUUUUGUUUGCAACUAAUUUGUUGUUUUUAUUGUUUUUUUUUAAACAUAGUUUAAAAAAGAAAUCACCAUUAAAAAAAAAAAGAAAAGGUUUUAGUAGAGGAGACAAAGCAUAGAAUACACCGGUGGAACCCUUCCUCUCUCCCCCCCCCCAUUAUUUUUUUUUGCAUUUUACUAGAAUAAUAAUAUUGUAAUUUCACUGGAGAUCAUAAAAUAGUUUCUGUCUCACAGCAAAAUCUCGACUCAGUCACAAAUAUAAUCUCUUUUCAAUGAAUAUUAUUCCCGCAAGCUUUUAUGCAGUAAAGUAAUAUUAUGCUUUUGGAAGCUAAUGGCUUUUUGUUUCUAAAACCUUGAUCAUUUGAAAUACAAAAGGGCUCUUUAACUAGUUUCUUGUUCCGAGCUUCAAGUCAUUUCUGUGAAUACAAUUUAUACAUUUCCAACAUUUAUUUGUUUCAUUGUUGUAUGCACACUAUACCGAGCCAAAUUACCCAGAAUGCCCUAUUUAAAGGAACACUAUAGGGUCAGGAAC